AUGCCAUCCCCUCUUCGUCGUGUUCUUCAUCUGGAAAUUUCUUCAUCUGUGAGUACACGACCCUGCAGUAGUCCUAUGGUGUUUCCUGCCAAAGGUGAAAAGCUCUUUUGGGGGGAAGACUCUUCUCACAGGGCCCAUCGGCUACCUCCUCGUCUAGCUUGGUGUACUAUAGACUGGGAUCAGUUGUGUCUUUUGCAUCCUCUAGGCUCUGGUGGGUUUGGUUCUGUCUACAAGGCUAUUUACCAUGGAGCUACAGUGGCUGUAAAGCAGGUGAAGAAAUGCAGUAAGAAUCGCUUGGCAUCAAGGCAGAGCUUCUGGGCAGAACUAAAUGUGAUGCACCUUGACCAUAACAAUGUGGUACGUAUAGUUGCUGCCAGUACAUGUGCCCCUGCCAAUCAGGAUAGUUUGGGCACCAUAAUAAUGGAAUAUGUAGGUAACAGAACUUUGCACCAUGUUAUCUAUGGGACUGGCAAUAUGACAGCAAAAAGUAAGGAUGAUGGGCCUGGAGAUGGCCAUGUGUGUUUGAGCACAACUCAGGCUCUGGGCUAUGCCUGUGACAUCAUGGCAGGAUUAGUCUUCCUCCAUUCACACUUGAUUGUGCAUCUGGAUUUAAAACCUGCUAACAUAUUCAUCACAGAACAAAAUGUUUGCAAGAUUGGAGACUUUGGAUGCUCCCAAAAGCUAGAAGAUGAUGCAUCAUCAAUCCCACAACGUUGUCACCAAGGGGGGACAUACACCCACCGUGCUCCUGAACUUCUUAAAGGUGAGCGAGUUACCUCCAAGGCAGAUAUCUAUGCUUUUGCUAUUACCCUCUGGCAAAUGGUUACACAGCAAGAGCCUUAUUUGGGUGAGCGCCAAUAUGUACUGUACUCUGUGGUAGCUUAUAACCUGCGCCCAUCAUUGACUGCAGCUGUAUUUAGAGAACCAGCCAUUGGCCAACAGCUUGAGACCAUAAUUGGAAGCUGCUGGAGAGCUGAUGUAGCAGAACGUCCUAGUGCAGAGCUUCUCCUCCACAAUCUUCAUUCUCUAUCCCUCAGUGUCUAA